CCGAUCUUUAAUCUGUUUUUUAAUGGAGAAUAGCUUAAAAUGAAUACCAAGUGCAAUCGAAUAAAUGCUUUAAACAAUUAUUCAAGUCACAUUGCUGGCUCUGAACCGUUCAAAAAAUAAUAUAAUGUGCAUAUCUAUUACAGCUAAUCACUUAAUUUGAUGAAACAUUAAUCGUAGUGAUUAUUAGCUCCAUAUACAACCAAUUUAUGCCCGCUAAAUGCUACCCUGUCAUCAAAUCAUCUGAUUCAUUUAUUUAGGACAACCAUUUUAUAUCUCAUUCUUCCUUUGAAAUAUCACAACCCCCAAUUUGUAGUAAUAACUCAAGGUUUCAGCAUGUCUCAAAGUUGGAACUUUACCUCUUAGGGAUUUGCGCACCUUUUCUUCAAUUUCGCUUCUUCAAAAGCCUGCUGCUUCUUCUCUAAGGCAGUUUGGCUUGUGUACUCCUUGGGCGCACUUCAAAUAUAAAGAACUUGACGUUCGUCCUUGGAAGACCUCAAACUUAACAAUCUAUUCACUCUCUCCUCGUCUCGAACAUAUUGAGCAAUCAUUUGCUGUAUUGCAAUUCAGCUGAGUUUUAUUCACUGGGUAAAGAUUGCAUUUCAAAACUUAAAAGGAAAUUAUGGUACCAUUUUCAUAAUUAAACACUUUUAUGGCUUUUCUUUGAUGAGCGUUCUGAAAUCAAAUUUCAAUUAUGUUUUCACGUUGUUUCCGACAUUUUCAUACUCAUCAAAUAUAUCGUACCGCAAAAUUAAAACCUUACCAAGCUUCAUACAUUGAAAGUGCUUACGCUUACGUCUUGAAGCAAAAAGCGAAUGCCUCGUCACAUUAUCAAGAACAGAACAGCCUAAGUGAUGACGACGAAGUUGUUUUACUGCCUCCCCCGAACAUUACAGGCAAGCUGCAUAUCGGUCAUGCUCUAACUAUCGCAAUACAGGAUGCAAUAUGUCGCUACAUGAGAAUGUCUGGAAAGAAGGUUCGCUUUAUUCCCGGUAUGGACCAUGCGGGUAUCGCAACUCAGAGCGUUAUUGAACAAAACCUAGAAAGGAUAGGGAGCAGGCCUCGCGAACUGAGUCGCUCAUCGUUGCUUGAGUACGCAAAAACUUGGGAAGCGGGCUACAGAGCAAAAAUAAAAGAGCAGCUACAAUCCAUGGCUGCCAUAUUCGACUGGAGUCAAAUGUAUUACACUUUGGACGAAAUACGGUCUGAAGCAGUAGUUGAUGCAUUCGUCAGAUUGCACGAACAGGGACUUAUUUACAGAAAAUCGCGCUUUGUGAAUUGGUCCUGUAAACUUCAAAGCGUAAUUUCAGAUAUUGAAGUUACCCAUAUGGAUGUCAAACACGGGCAAACAUAUACUUUCGGAGAUACAAACGUUCCUAUCGGUUAUAUGUACAACAUUGCCUAUCCAUUAACUGAUUCUUCGGAUGGGUAUAUCGUUGUUUCUACCACACGACCUGAGACGAUGUUUGGUGAUGUCGCAAUUGCAGUCAAUCCAAUGGAUUCAAGGUAUACACAGUUUAUCGGAAAAUACGUGUAUCACCCUUUUGACCUUACUGUUCAGUUACCCAUUAUUGGCGAUAUAGCUGUGGACCCGGAUUUCGGUACUGGCGCAAUGAAGGUAACACCGUCACAUAGUGCUGUUGAUUUUGAAAUUGCGUGUAGACAUAAUCUUCGACAGAAGCAAUCAAUCGCGUACGAUGGUACGCUGAUGAAUGUUCCCGUAAUGUUCGUUGGUAUGGAUCGCUUAGCUGCAAGAGUACCUUUGGUCGAGCAGUUACAAAGCAUGGGGCUUUUGCUUCUCGUUAAAGAACACGAACAAACACUUUCGUUUUGUUCCAGGACUGGUGAUCUCAUAGAACCUUUUUUGCUUCCACAAUGGUACAUACAUAUGCAGCCACUUGGUAACCAAGUUUUAAGUCUUAUGCAGACACAGCCUCUGGAUAUACAGCCUUCAAAGUUUCUAAAACAAUGGACACAACACUUGAAUUCUAUGCAAGAUUGGUGCGUGUCCCGCCAGAUUUGGUGGGGCCAUCGUAUACCGGCUUACCAGGUUUUAGGAACAGAUGAAUGGGUUGCAGCAAGAAAUUUAAGUGAAGCAUUAGAAAAGUCAAACGGGAGACCAGUACAACAAGAUCUAGACACACUCGACACCUGGUUUUCUUCAGCGCUUCUUCCGAUUUCCAUCUUCUCGUGGCCCCAUUGCAAGAGUUCAAUUCCACCUCUUGCUUUGAUAGAAAGCGGUUCGGACAUUUUAUUUUUCUGGAUAGUCCGAAUGGCGACUCUGUGCUCUCAUUUUACAAACAAAAUCCCUUUCAAAAAGAUCGCACUUCAUCCUUUACUUCGCGAUGCAGAAGGAAGAAAAAUGUCAAAGUCCCUGGGUAAUGUUAUCGACCCGACAGAUGUAGUCCAAGGUACAACUUCAGAGAAAAUGGUACAACAACUUCGUUCUAGCAAUCUUACAAAAAGGGAACGCGAAAAUUCAAUACGCCAGCUGCGAUUGAAAUACCCCAACGGCCUUCGACCAUAUGGCCUUGAUGCCUUACGAUUCGGACUGCUACGUGUAUUACGAAAAGAACACAACUUAAAUGUAGACACCCAAGAUUUCGAAUAUGCUCAUUUAUUUGUAACGAAGCUUUGGAAUAUUUUUCGCUUUGUUAGUAUUCAUUACUCACAAACAAAAGAGCCUACAUUUAAAGGACAGACAACUUAUCCCGUUUUGAUUCGUGGUCUUCGAUCGAAAAUCGGUCGCUUAUUAAAAUCAUGUAAUGAUGCAUUUUCUGCGAACAAGCCUCAGGAUGCCAUUCCGGCACUUUAUGAUAUUCUUGUAAACGAUAUUUGCAACAGUUAUGUCACACUGAGUAGGGCUGCUUUUUUGAACGAAAGUGAAGAAAAGCAAAUCCUCUACGUCUCGUUUCUUAACAAAGCGCUCAAAGUUAUACUGAACGUUGCUCAUCCUUUAAUCCCACAAAUUACCGAGGUUCUACAUUCGAUCUUUGAGCCCAAUGAUCCAAUGCUACUUGUUGAUCAUCCAUUCCCAAAACCAGAUUUUCUUGCGUAUCCUAUAGAUGAGCAAGCGGAACAGGUUGUCACCGAAGCUAUGAACCUUGCAAAAGUCUUACGAAGACUUCUUAAGGAGGAAAACAUACAGCAGUCAAGCAAGGAUGCGAGUAUAUAUGUCGAAACCGAUUUGUCUGCACUUUCACAAUUUCAAACAGAUCUGGAAAUUGGGUGUCAUUGUCGGUUAUUCUUUGGAAACUUGAAGGCAGAAAAUGAUCUAGCAUUUGGAAAACUGGUUGUAUCCAGCCAAACAGUUUUACGUUACCGACUGUCAAGAAAAACGCUCUCCUCAUCUGUUAACGUGGAGAACCAGCUCUGUAAGAUUCAUGAUCGACUAGCUACCGUUGAGAAAAGAAUCAGUAAGCUGGACAAAAAUAAAACACCGCUUCAUAUUCAAGAACGAGAGAUCGCCAUCCGUGAAGAACUUCUUGCAAUGUUACACAAACUGAGGCCAGAAUAA